AUGGCUAAUACUACUCUUGUCCCCUAUAAGUGCGAGCCCGCCGACCGCCAGUGGCCGGGCCAAAAGUGCAAUCGCUGCAAUGAGAAAGGACUCCCUUGCUCCGAGAACCAGAGGGCACCUCGAACGCGAGCGACUGAUAGCUACGAGCCCGUUGAGAGUUUGGCAACUAGUAGCGAACCGGCUGAAGACGACUUUCAACAGUUUGUUGAUUUGGUCGCUGCUGUUCGAAUGUACGGCUCUUUGGAAGGGAAGGUUGUAAGGAUUGAGACGGCCUUGUCCAUCGAUCCAAGCGCGAGGGUAGACUUCAAGACCCAUAUGGCGGAGCUAUCAAAAGAUUUAGACCGAGAGCGGAUGUCGAUCCUAGCGUCCAUGCAAAGGCUCAUCUCCAACUCCUCGAGCCAUAACGUUCGAUUUGCCACAGCGUCCGCCAUCCCUCUGGUGCUCCCUGGCCGUACAUGUCUCAAGAAACUCAAUGUUGCCGCCCUAGUUAAAAUGAGGGAGCUGCUGCAGGGUAUCUUGGCUCGAUGCUUCGCCACCAAAGUAACUUCAAUCCACUGGAUUGCCAUAAUCAAUGGCAGCCUACUUCCAGUUAUCCUGCGCGAAGUCGGCGUGCAGAUGAUGGCUCACUGGUUUGCCCAUGCCGACUACCUCGGGCGGACGCCUCUUCACCUCGUUUUCGACAUAUGGAGGGGCAUAAUACUGGAGCCGGGAUACGAUAACUUCCUUUGGGAUCCUUCACACAGGCAAACCAUGCCAGAAAUAAAAAACCUCGUCGCCAUUCAGGCCCUGUGGUAUCAAAUACACCUCCAAAUUGGUUGCUCUGAGUCAGAAAAGAACUGCCAGAAUCUCUAUCACCUAGCCGUUAAGUCAGGGAACAACAUCCGAGUCAUAGAGUUGCUAUACUACAAAGUCUACCCAGUCGAGUGCGCGUCGCAAAAAUGUUGUACUGCUCUGUCUCUAGCCGCGAAAACGAAGAAUUACGAGGCUUUGUCAGACUUGGUUCGGGCCCCCGGUGUUGACUGGAACGCCCAGGAUAAACAGGGCCGUACUGCACUAUCCUGGGUGGCCGAGAUGGGGGACAGGACUACUCUGUUGUGUCUUCUCCGAGGACGGGGUCGUAAUGAUUCUCCGCCUCUUAUCAACCUGCAGGAUGGCCAAGGUCGCACGCCCUUAGACUACGCGAUGCUUAAUCAGAACGCGAGCGUCAGUCGCGAGCUAAUAUCAGCAGGGGCCGUGGUCUCCACUACGGACACCCAUGAUGAGGAGACCCGUGUCGUUGCGUCCCGAACGGACGAGGCCGAACAGCCCGAAGCGUCGGAGAAUGACGAUGUUUUGAACCUAGAUCAAAUGAGCACUGAAGCAACGCCUCCCAGCACGCCCCGAGUCUGUAUCCUCAUCUUCAAUGUUUGA